ACGGCCCCUGUGUUAUGUCGGUAGCCUGAGCAGCAUGUGCUGCGGUGGCAUCCAAAUUGUCGACAACGGCAAGUGAGACGCACACGAGGAUCAGGGUCCAUCUGCCAGGUCACGUGGGCGGAUCAUUUCUCAGGGGCAGGCCCCAAACCGUGCUAAUAGGAUGGGGCAAUGGAGGGCCUUUCUUCACCGAAGUGACGCAUGAGGAUCGCCCCCGCAUAGUUCGCGAAUUCGAAGGCCUUGCUGCGUCAGCCAUUGCUGCACCACUGGGAAAGGCCUGUGCAAAUCGUUGCCGCCAAAGAAGCCGCCCCCUGCAUGAUGCGUGUGCAUAGAAUGCAUGUUUGGUGCUGUUGUUUGCUCGUAUCCACCUGAAAGCACGGCCCCCAGUGGGUAGUCCUUAGGCUGCUCGGGCUCCACCGACGAAUGCAGCAUCAUAACAAUCUGAAUCACCUUCUCCUUGACCGUCAUCCGACUCACCAGGUCCUCGAUCGCCGCCUCCAUCGGCGCAUCCUUGCUGACCUUCGACACUGCUUGGACAUCGUGGGCAGGCUUCCCCCCGACGUCCUCAGCCUCGUCGCGGGUGACGGUCGGGUUGCGGUCGAUUGUAGCGUGCAGCGGGCAGUUGUCUUCCGAGUUGGUGACUAGAUAGGACAUCAUCCAGUCCUCGAGGGUUACGUUGGUCACUGACGCGUUGGAAAGGAAUGGGAUGCUCAGGUCGCUGCACGUCAGGGGCGACUGCGGGGACGUAUGUGAUAUCACACGCAAACUCCAGGCAGAGAGAGAGAGAGAGAGAGAGGGCCGGGGCAGUGUGUAGAUACGUGAUGGCCCUGCCCCUGCGGCUGUGCUCGCGCCUGGUCUCACCCUGGAUAAGAACUGGCGGGCCGUUUCCUGGCCUUGUUGGCGGCCAACAGAUCCAGUGAAUUCGUGGCAGUCUCGUUUUUUGCUUGGGCUGAUUCCCACAGAUUGAAGGCCGUCGUGUUUCUUCCUUGGCCUUGGCGAGGGCGCCAUGGAAUAAAAGACCGUUUGGUGUCUUUCCGCCACCGCUCCAGCCCGUCAUGCCCCACGUCGUCACAGCUCCAUCCCGUCCAGUCCACAGUUGUCCUCGCUGCGAGAACCUACCGGGAUGCCGCUUGCGGACGCCUUGCCGUCCCAGGAUUGCCACUGUUGUUCCCAUUUGCACGUGCCGGGGUACGUGCCGGGCAGACAGCACCCUUCCCUUGCUCGACUGCCGCGAGGAGCUCGUGCUGUACAUCGGCAAAACGUCGCGCCAGGCAACCCGCGAUGCCUCCCGGAUACUCAAGGCACCCAUUACCGACAACUGCCCGUCGCCCUCACACGCACUACUGCGGCGACGCUGGCAGAAAGGCAUUGUCAGCAAAAUCGACUUCACUUUCGAUGACGUUGGCGACAGCGGAUGCGU